CGCCAUGGCACCGCUGCUGCUGUUGCUGCUGCUGCUGGGCCUGGCCCCCGGCCUGGCCCGGCCCCUGAGGCCCUGCCCGGGGCCCUGCCGCUGCCGCGGGCGCCGCCUGGACUGCAGCAGCGCUGCCCUGGCCCGCGUGCCCCCGGCCACCCACCAACGGCCCUUCUCUGUGCUGGAUUUCACUGGGAACGCGCUCGCCCUCAUCCCCCCGCAGGCGUGGAAGGGAUACCCGUGGGCUGAGAAGCUAGUCCUCCAGCACAACAACCUGCGGGCAGUGAAGAGGCGCUCGCUGGAGGGGCUGCUCCUGCUGAGGCACCUGGAUUUAUCUUACAACAAAAUCCAGCUGAUCGAGGCGUGUGCUUUUGAGAACCUUCCUUUCCUGGAGACCAUAAGCCUGGAGGGAAAUCUCAUCACCGAGAUCCGGAGCGACACCUUCCGGGCAUGGCACGGGAUGCAGUUCCUCCAGACACUGGUCCUGAGCCAUAACCCCCUGUCUGUUAUCGAGGACACGUGGUUCUUCAAGCUGCCUUCAGUCACUCACCUGGACCUGGGUGCCACACGAGUGACUCGCCAGACGCUGCUCAUGCUGCUCCUGAGAACGUCCCACUUGGAAACGCUCAAGCUGUCCAUCGACACGGCCUGCUGCCUCUGCCAGCACAAGCACAGCACCGAGACCCCGUGCAGGACCCUCAGCUUCGACUGCAUGAGCGUGUGCAGCAGCACUGCUCCCCGCUGCGCUCCCCUGGCAGAGACACCAGAGCUCCUGAAGGGACCGGUGCCACCCAGGAAAGGGAACAGCAGCUCUGUGUUGAAUCUCCAGCCUAAGGAGCCUUCCCUUAGGGAGCAGAGAACCGUCACGCUCUCAGUUCUCCUGAGCCUGAGCAGCCCCGAUGCAUCAGCACCUUCCUCUCAGCAGCUGUUGAGGCAGGAGGGCAACACCACCAAGGAGCUGAUGCUGAUGCUGCAGAGCAUUCAUCACAGGGGCUGGAGCAGCUCCACUGACACCAGGAGGUUCUAUUUUCUAGCAGAGGAGCUCGUGGCACAGCUGAAGAACAAGCUGCACAAGGCCAUGAGCAUCCUGACUGUGAAAAGCCCCAGCACAGCCUGGCCAGCGCAGAGGGACAAGGGGCAGGAGGUGGCAGUAGGGGAGGGAGGAAGAGCCAUAAGCUGGCAUCAACAGGAGCCUGGCUUAGGUUUGACCCUGUCAGAGUCCGUCUUAUGGGAAGCAGUGCGGAGUAUGAACCUCAGUGACAUCCUCCCAGUCUCCAGCCACCAGAGAACACCCACCCCUGCUGCAGCACAGCCCCCUACACAAUACCCAACAGAGGCCUCGCAUCUCACCCGGUCUGGCGAGAGUCAGGAUCAUUCUGACACCAUGGAGCAGACCAACACGACUGACAGGAUGGAGAAUGAGGAUAGUGCAGAAGAUGAGGAGGAGGCACCAUCCCCAACACAGGACUCUGCUGGGACAGAUGAGGAGCAGAAGCAGCAGGACACUGAUGGGACAGUGGGCAGCAGGGCUGCAGAAGAGCCCGCAGCAGCAGAGGGCGGGAGACCACCCACCGCCCCUGCAAGCACCACCACACCCGGGCAGCACAAGGAGCAGGAACCCCCGACUCCAACUGCACAGGGCAGCUCCAGCGCCCCGGGCAGAGCAGCCAAGCGAGGACCCCCCUUUGACACCCUGCUCAGCCGCCACCUCCACUCUCUGGUGCCAGAUGGAGCCCUGCGCAGGUUCAUGGCACAGGAGGCUCGAGCCCUGCGGGGGGACUGUGGCCUGCCCCAGCUCCAGCAGGCCUGCGCCAAGAUGGUCUCGAGGACGGGGCUGCUCCUGAAGCUGCUGAGUGAGAGGCAGCGUGGCCCGGAGCCCUCUGACCUCCUUGAGCAGUGUGUGCGGGAGGAGGAUGCCGGCACCUCUCGUCCCCAUGCCCAAGUCCAGCCCAGGAGGAUGGACAGUGAAUCUGCAGAGACGGAGAUGGCCAAUCACACCUCUGUUCGCUGGCUGUGGCUGGUGCUGCCGUUCUCGCUGUUUGCUCUGGUGAACCUCAUCCUGUCCCUUGCUCUCCUGGUGCAGCGCUCUUUCAAGGUCUCUGCCGAGGAAGAUGACGAGGAUUCCCAAGGCAGCAGGAGACGGCGCCUGAAGCGGUGCUUUCAGAAGCUGCGGCGCAAGUGGUGGCGCAGAAGAAAAGCCACUAAGAGGGACAAGAAGAAGGCGUCCCUGGCUCAGCUCGAUCCUCAGGAGUCAGCUUCGGAGAAGGUGCUCUUUGACAUAAGGUGGUGUAGCACUGGGAGGGCCAUUAACAGCCGGAGCAGUUGA